AUGGAGGCCAGAGUCGCUCGGAUGCUCUGCCUGCUCUGCCUGAUUGUCACCGUCCCAGCCUUUAGCCAGGAAGGGUUCAAGGAGGUGUUGCUGAAGCAGCUGGGGCUCUCAGAGGUCCCAAAACUUCACAAGAGAGACUUGGAGAAUCUGGUGAUCCCGGACCACAUCAGGAAUAAAUACAUCUCCAUGCUGAAGCACCAGAGGGUGAAGCGCCGAGCUUUGCCCAGCCUGGCUGGCAUCCUCAGGGGCAUCCCUGGCCACGCUGCAGGAGGAGUCCUCUCCUCUGACACCACCACGCGCCAGAACCUGAUCUUUGACAUGGAGGGCAGAAUACCCCAAAACAGCGAAGUUACGAUGGCUGAGCUGAAACUCUUCAAAAAGCCUCUGGAGCGGGCAAACCUGCCUGCCAAGCAGUCCCUCAGGCCUGUCUCCAAUGCCAGAGUCAGCGUCUACUGGGUGCAACGGCAGCACGAUGGUACCAACAGGACCUCCCUGAUAGACUCCAGGCUGGUUCCCAUACGUGAGUCGGGCUGGAAGAACUUCGACGUGACGCAGGCCGUGCAGUCCUGGCUGCGAAACAAGAGGCGGGAGCCAAUGUUCCUGGAGGUCUGGAUCGAAGGAGAACGGGUGGGCAGCCAGGCCGCCGAAAUGGCCAAAGCCGUGCGCUUCACCUCGCAGGACCCCAGGGAUAAAGCCCUGGGCAAACCUGAGCUGGUGCUCUACACCCUCGACUUGGAAGACUAUGGGGGCCCUGGAGACUGCAGAGAGGAGGUGGUGAUGGGGAAGUCCACCUGCUGCCGGCAGAAACACUACGUCAACUUCCGCGAGCUCUCCUGGACGCAGCACUGGAUCAUCGAGCCGGCGGGAUACCAGGCUUACCGGUGUUGGGGGGGCUGCCUACAGCCCCCCAGCCCCCUGCGGCGCUUGGGCUACGGGCAGCGGACCUGUGCCGUGACCCAGAGCUCCCCCCUCCCCAUCAUGUACCUGGUCAAGAGGGGCAACCGCACCGAGAUCGAAGUGGCCGAGUUUCCCAACAUGAUCGUGGAGAAGUGCAGCUGCAUCACGGAGGGCAUGGCACUGGCCUGAGAUGCGGGUGGCCAGCCCAUGGCUCUCAAUGGGGAGAGUGGGAGGUCAUCCCGGUCCCCAACCUUGGGGACAGCCAUAAAGAUCUCCAGGUACCCACCUCCAAGGGUCAGCAGGAGCUGGGGCUGCAGAAAGGGUGCACUUAAAGGCACUGUCCAUAUAGAUGGGCUCAGAGGAGCAUUCAUCCUCAUGAAUACCUACAUGAGGGGUACCUAUGGAGCCCAACGUCCCUCAAGGCCCCCUUGAUGCCAGCCACAUUUCGUUGAAUUUGAUGGAGCUGGGCCCGAUUUAUUUCAAUACUCUUCACCCCCAGGAGUACUGCAGGCAAAGGAGGAGUCAUCGUCACCAGGUGAAGAAGUAACAUCUGGCUUCAGCUUUUCGUUCUUAGAUUGACAGCCUUUCCUAAGUUUUGGUCCUUGUCUGUCCAAGUCACGUUCGUGGUGAAUUGUAGAGCAGAAGCACUUACAUGUAUAUAUUGUAUACACACACACACACGUGUACAUAUAUAUAGUAUAUGAAUACAUGUAUGUAUUGUCUACAUACAUAUUGGAUAUAUACAUACUGUCUACAUACAUACGUGUACAUAAAAUAUUGUCUAGAGCUCAAAGGAACAUAUAUAUGUGUGUAUGUAUCGUAUACAUAUAUACACAUACAUAAAAUAUUACCUGGAACUCAAAGGAUUAUGUUUUUGGCCCCUGCACUGUGGGCUUAGCACAGUUUUAGGCAGAAUUUAGAGUCCUGAAGUCAAUGGGAAUAUUAGGAUUUAGGUUUGC